AGUAAAGCCUUGUUUACACUGCACGCGUGUGAUUUUUUUCAUGUAUUUAAUGGCUAAAUUGUUAUAUUUUGUCCGGUUUUAUUGUGUUUAUUGCGAUGCCAUACUUUAUAUUGCUGUAGCCAUACAGAUGAAGUUAAUACACUUAAAAGUCCAGUUAGGGACAACAAAAACAAAGAAAUUUCAAGUUUUUCAACUUCGAAUCUCUUGUCGUCAGUUUCUAGCCACCUACUGAUGUGAAAUAUGAGUGGGAGUUUACUCAGGGUGAUUAUUUUGACUUUAUUUUGUAUUUGAGCUGCGCGUCUUGGACACGGCGUCCAUCAAAAAUAGGUGAGGCGCCUAUCUUUAGCGAAGCGGCGCGUUGAGCCACUUCUGGGAUGCUUCUCAAAUGCACCGCGGCGCGGCUGGUGUAAACACAAGCAUUGACUAGAGUGGCCGUGUAUCAGCUCCGGUAGCCGCGUCGCAGCCGUAACGCGCCGCAGUCGCGUGCAGUGUAAACAAGGCUUAAGGUUGCCACACCGGAUUCUGCAGUCAGGCAUAUUUGUUUUGUUUGUUUUGUCUGUGGCCCUAAUAAAUGUUUAAUUUGAUUGACAAACAUUGUUUAAUGUAAAAUAGUAAAAAAAAAAAGAAAAGAUUAAGCUCUUUCAAAACAAAUUGUGUUAAACAAAAAUUGGUUUGUUACUGAAAAAGUUCUUAAUCACUUGUAUAAAUGUUUUUUUCUUUUUUUUUUUGCGCAAAAACACUAGUGUUCAGCUAGACAGAAUCUCAUAUUAGACGAGGUUUAAAGGCUUUCAUUGGCAGAAUUCCCAGCACAUUAAAAUGAAUAUGGAUUUAAAUAUGUAUUUAAGAAAGAAUUAAACUCUGAAUGAUGCUCGCUUAUAAAUGUUUUAUUAUUUGUAUGUGAAUAUCUAUGCACACCUGAUUCAGCUUGUGAACAGAACUUUUAUUGUGGAGUGUGGAGUGAUGUGACGUCACAAAGCGGCGCCGCGCUCCAGCGUCUGUGAUUCGGCUGGAGAAAGAAAAACUCCUGGUGAAGCAGCUGAGAUCCACGUGAGACUAUUAUAAAGAUGGAGUUUAUUAAAGAGGAGAGCGAAGACCUGAAGAUUGAUGAAACAUUUAAAGUGAAACAAGAAGAUACUGAGGAACAAACAGACCUGAUGGCCCUGAAUGAAGAAAGUCAAGAACUGAAUGAAAAGGAAGAGAAAGAUCAGAAUGAAAACCCUGAUUUCAUAACUGGAGAAAAGUCUUUUAGUUUCUCACAGACUGAAAAUUCUUCCUCACAAAAGAUGAGAGCUAGAAGUAAUUUCACCUGCCAAGAGUGUGGAAAGAGUUUCAGUCAACCUGGAAACCUUAAAGUCCACAUGAGAAUUCACACUGGAGAGAAGCCUUUUACCUGCCAACAGUGUGGAAAAAGUUUUGCUGAAAAAGGUAAUCUUAAUAAACAUAUGAGAGUUCACACUUUAGAGGGCCCUUUCAGCUGCCAACAAUGUGAAAAAAGUUUCACUCAAAAAGACAGACUUAAAGCCCACAUGAGAAUUCACAAUGGAGAGAACCUUUUCACCUGCCAACAGUGUGGAACAUUUUUCGUUCGAAAAUCAAGCCUUAAAAUCCACAUGAGAGUUCACACUGGAGAGAAGCCUUUCACAUGCCCUCAGUGUGGAAAGAGUUUUUCACAUAUAGCAACAAUUAAAUCCCACAUGAGACGUCACACUGGAGAGAGGCCAUAUACAUGUGAUCAGUGUGGAAAGAGUUUCAGACAAAGAGUCGCCCUUAAUUCCCACAAGAAGAUUCACUCAAGAGAUAACAGUUUUAUAUGUCUUCAGUGUGGAAUGAGCUUCACAGACAGUGAUCACCUUAAGAAUCAUGUAAUAACUCACACUGGAGAGAAGCCUUUUAUGUGUCAUCUCUGUGGAAAGAGUUGCUCAAACAAAUCAAACCUUAAUGUUCACGUGAAAGUUCACUCUGGAGAAAAACCUUUCACCUGCCCUCAGUGUGGAAAGAGUUUCACAGUUAAACAAAGCCUUAAGACUCACAUAAGAGUUCACACUGGAGAGAAGCCUUUCACGUGUCUUCAAUGUGAGAAGAGUUUCACAUAUCGAACAGACCUGAAAUGUCAUUUGCAAACUCAUUCUGGAAAGACAUUGCAGAAAAAAGAGCAAUUUCAAAAAUCACCUUCACAGACAAUUUAAUUGUGCAAAAGUUUUUUUAUUACACUGAUGACACCUACAUAUACUCCAGAAAAAUCAUAUGUGAGACUCUAUUUUUGUUCUUUAAGUGGAAAGAAUUUUAAAUGACUUAGCAAUUCACAUAAAAAUAUGUAUCUGUGUGAAAUUAAUUUAGAUUGGAUAUAGGCAUAAGAUUAAUACAGUGGAUUUGAUAUAUUAGAUAAAGAAGCUAUCAGUAUAUUACAAAACUUCCCUCUUGCUGUGAAAUGUCGCAAUAUUUUCCCAAUAUUUUAUAUAUUCACAGUAUUUUGAAUAUACCAAUCCAAUCUGACCUGUAAUGCUGCCUGAAUCAGAAAUCAUGCCUGGUUUCUACCAAGGUUUUUUUCCCCCUCUAUUCUGUCACCUGAUGGAGUUUGGGUUCCUUGCCACUGUUGCCUCUGGCUUUCUUAGUCGGGGACACUUGAUAUUCAACAUUAUUACUGAUCUGCCUGCAUUGA